CACCGGAGUCUCAGCUCUCUCCUCAACGAGGACGAACAACAGUGCAACGAAGAAAUACUCUGCUUUGUGUCAAGGAAUUCAUGGCUACGUUCGCGACGUCGUCUUCGGCGGUGAUGUGGUCGGCUCGCCCUGGGCAGGUGGCAGGGGCUCGGCGGUGCGUGGUGGCGCGUGCGUCCGCGGCGAUGGCGGCACCGGCGGCGGUGGCCACAGGCAGGACGCACUACGAGGUGCUCGGGCUGGGCGCCGGGGCCAGCAAGGGCGAGAUCAAGGCCGCCUACCGGCGCCUUGCCAGGGAAGUGCACCCUGACGCCGUCGGAGGUGGCGGCGACGAGGGGUUCAUCCGGCUGCACGCUGCCUACGCCACGCUCGCCGAUCCCGACGAGCGCGCUCGCUACGACCGGGACGUCACCUGCCGCGCCGCGGGGAUGAUGAUGCAGCGGGCGGCCGCGGCCGGGCCGGCGUUCCGGCGGAGGACGUGGGAGACCGACCAGUGCUGGUAGGACAGGCGGACUCACGCGGCUGUCCCCCGGGACCAUCGGCCGGUUCGAUCAGGUACGGCGCAUCAUGGAGGCUGCGCUCGUUGGAGAGAAGAUCCCGCCGACUGCCUUGGACCGCCACCGCCCGGUCAGAAUUGGACGACUCAGAUCGGGUGUGCGGACGCGGGAGCUCAGUACACGGCGGCAAGAGUCGUUUUUUAAAGAUCUCUUGUGCGUCCGAUUAGCCAAAUGCAAAUAUGUAAAUGAAUUAGUUACUACUGUAAAUUAAAGGCCAUCGAAUAUAGUAUACGUACUCCCUCUGGUUCA